AUGGCCAAACGUAAUUUCGAUCAAAUUUAUUCCAGUUUCAUCUCGGAAGAAGAGACUUCGGUUGGAAAUUUAAAAACAAGUGAAGAACUACAAACGGUCCAGAAAGCAGCCAAGGUCAUCAAACUUAAUAACCAUGUCAGAAUGAACAUGAUUGAUUUUUCAAAUGAUGCUUUGAAUGAUCGGGAUGAAAAUUCCAGCCAUAUUCGGAAAUUGGAACAAUUAUUGAAACAGAAAUUUUCAUGGCAACAAGCUGGAAAGAAGAAAUGGCUUGAAAAUCGAGAAUUGAAAUAUACAGAUUUCUUCCCAGUAGAAUUUAUCAAUGAUCAAGAAUUUGUGUUGAAUCAUAUUAUACAGUAUGGUUAUGGAUUACAAUAUGCAUCACCAAGUGUACAAGCAGAUAAGGCUUUUGUAUUGCGAGUAGUUGCACAUAGUGGAUAUGAAGUAUUAUUUGCUAGCCAUAAUAUUCGACAGGACAAAGAAGUAAUGUUGAAAGCAGUGCAAGAAAAUGCUAGGGCCGUGUGUGCAGCACCAGACACUCUUCAAAAUGAAAAGGAAUUUGUGUUGGAAGCAGUUCGACUGAACGGACAUGUACUCCAUCAUAUUCCUUUUUAUGUUAUAAGACACGACAAGGAAAUAGUAUUAGAAGCCAUCAAACAAACGAAACAAGCGAUGAAAGCGAUUCGACCAUUUACUCCAAGAUCACAAUUUCAUGUUAAGCGUUCUCAAAACAGUAUUUCCAGAAUUAGAAUCGUUAGAAUCUUUGAUUAUUCGAACAAACACGUCAUGCUCAAGGUCGUUCAAGAAUUUGGAUUUUUACUUCUAUAUGCAUCGAAUGACCUCAAACGUGAUCGAGAUAUUAUUUUAAAUGCAAUGUUGAAAGAUGAUCAAGAAAUUGUAAUAGAAGCAAUCAAACAAGACGUGAGAGCCAUACGAUAUGCUUCCCAGAAACUUUGGAGUGACAAACAAUUCUUGUUAGAAGCUGUCAAGCUUGGAUGUAAAAAUUGUCUUAGAAAUGCUCCCAAAGAAUAUGCCAAAGAUAAGGAAUUCGUUUUACAGGCAAUCAGACACAAUUGUUUUGGAAUAAUUGGAGACAAUUAUACUUGUUUUGACAAGGAAAUCAUGUUGGAGGCAGUGAAGAAUAAUGGCUAUGCAUUACGCUUUGCCAUUGCCAAAUUCAGACAAGAUCCAGAAGUUGUUUUGACAGCUCUGAAAUAUUCUGGUUAUGCCAUGAAUUAUAGUGAUGAAUUAUAUCGAGAAAGAAUGAAAUAUUGUUAUUAUGAUGCUUAUAUGGGAACAAACCAUUGA